CUCUGUCGUGUAAAGUGCCCGUGCCGCGACGCGUCUCGCUCGCUCGCUGGCAGUUGCUUUCCCCGGGCCAAGCGAAAAAUACAUCGUAUGAUUUUUGUAACUAAAUCACGAAUAAUUUCCAAUUAUCAUAUUCGUGGUUUAUCCAUAGAAAGCUGCGUAUUUUUAUUGAAAUUCGAAGAACUUUCACUAUUCCGUUGCUUAUAAGGUUAUCUACUGUAUGUCAAGUGUCAAAUCAAACUCAAAAAGUGCUGUUGUUUUGGCUGACUUUCCCGUGAUUUACUGAUGAUUUUUAUAAAUUUCUAACAAAAACAAUUGUUUACAGUGUGGUGACAUUAAGCAGAAUAUUCGGGCAAAAUCAGCUAGCCGGGUCUUUGUCUAAAACGAGUGACUGUGUUUGCGUGUUUGUUUCGAUGUAGUUUUUUUUAUAUAAAUAAUUGUGAUUUCGUAACGGCAGUUAGGUUUUUAUGAGCAGUAUUGUGUUGUGUGGCUUUUUGAGGCUCACUCGGUUGGAUUUUAACGGAAACGAGGACUAAACACAUCGCCUGCAACAUUCACAACAUGAACACUAUCGUCACAACGAUGUUGAAUUUAAAAUAAUGCUUUUCAAAUGCGGACAACAUAAAAUAACGCCACGUCAACAUUUUUAGAAAUUGUAAUGGUAGGGCGUUGUUGAAAUGAAGUCGUGGGGCGAAGCGCUGGGGCUUGGCGCGGGGGCGCAGUUCGCGCGCGUGGGGCGGCUGCGGCGCGCGCUUCUGUUGCUGGCCGCCGCCGCCUGUAUGGCCGCCGCCGUGCUCUACUGGCGCCAGCAGAACGACCAGGGCGGACACCGACCUCUGCAUAACCUCUACGCAGGUAUCGAGCCCCAAUGGACCUGGAUCUGCCGAAACGACCGCUGCGAGAGACUGCCGGCGUCGGAGUCGUCGACGCUGCAGUCGUUGCCCACCUGCAACAUGCUGUGCGCCUCCACUCAACUGUGGCCGCAGCCCACAGGUCCUGUCAGUCUCGCCACCGCGGCCGUCCCCGUCAACGUCGACGGAUUCUCACUCAAGAUCGUCACUUCUCCAAGCAGGGACGUCUCCACACACCUCACCGAUGCCUUCGCCUUAUUCAAAGAAGACCUUCGUUUGCUCGAACGCAACGGAGACGUCGGACGCGUCGCAGUCGGCAACCCGCGCGAACUCAUCGUUCGAGUAGCCAUCAAUGGAAGUGGAGAUCCUCGCAUGCUCCUCAGUACAGAUGAAAGCUACAAAUUAGCAGUACGACCCAUGGGAAACAAGCUAGUAGCAGACAUAUCGGCGCACUCGUUCUGCGGUGCGCGUCACGGCUUUGAAACUCUUUCACAACUUGUAUGGAUGGAUCCCUACGCCGGAUCCCUCUUAACUCUAGAAGCAGCUACCGUGCAAGACGCUCCAAAGUUCCAAUAUCGAGGGCUGCUCUUAGACACGGCAAGAAAUUACUUUCCUGUUAAUGAAAUUAUACGUACAAUAGACGCAAUGGCUGCUUGUAAACUAAACACAUUCCACUGGCAUGCCAGUGAUUCACAAUCGUUUCCUAUAAAAUUCAAUAGUGCUCCACAGCUGGCGCAGCAUGGAGCUUACGGGCAGGGGGCGAUUUAUACUCCAGAAGAUGUUAAAACUAUAGUGCGUCGAGCUCGAUUGCGAGGUAUUCGCGUGUUGAUAGAAGUAGACGCGCCCGCGCAUGUGGGCCGCGCGUGGGCGUGGGGCCCGCACGCGGGCCUCGGCCACCUAGCGCACUGCAUCGAAGUCGAGCCCUGGAGCGCUUACUGCGGGGAGCCACCGUGCGGACAACUCAAUCCUAAAAACCCUCAUGUAUAUGAUUUGCUCGAGAGAGUUUACGCUGAAAUAAUCCAAUUGACAGGCGUUGACGAUUUGUUCCACCUCGGCGGCGACGAGGUCUCAGAACGAUGUUGGGCGCAGCACUUCAACGAUUCAGAUCCCAUGGAUCUAUGGCUCGAAUUUACUCGGCGUGCUCUACAAUCUUUAGAGCGUGCUAAUGGUGGGAAAAUACCAGAAUUAACAUUGUUAUGGUCUUCUCGCCUCACACGCUCGCCUUACAUCGAACGUCUUGACAAUAAAAAGUUAGGUGUUCAAAUAUGGGGAUCGUCAAGAUGGCCGGAGUCAAGGGCCGUUUUGGACGCUGGGUUCCGGUCUAUUAUUUCACACGUAGACGCAUGGUACUUAGACUGCGGGUUUGGGUCGUGGAGGGACAGUUCGGAUGGGCACUGUGGCCCCUAUCGGUCUUGGCAGCAGGUUUAUGAGCAUCGACCUUGGGCAGAAGAGUCGCUCGCUAUGCCGAGCAUCGGGACUAAUGACGCCGGGUGGCACAUAGACGGGGGCGCAGCUUGCCAGUGGACAGAGCAGCUGGGCCCCGGCGGGCUGGAUGCGCGCGUAUGGCCGCGGACGACCGCUCUGGCAGAGAGACUGUGGUCGGACCGGGCGGAAGGAGCGACGGCCGACGUGUACCUGCGCUUGGACACGCAGCGGUCGCGACUCGUAGCGAAGGGCGUGCGUGCCGCGCCGCUGUGGCCGCGCUGGUGUUCCCACAACCCUCACGCUUGCCUCUAGCAUACAGACCCCGAUAUUCGUUAAACAAUCGCCGCUUCAAAGCGCUGAUGGUGCUAGUUGUGAACCGCCACCACCGAUGCGUGGUCUAUGAACUAAGCUUUGUCUUAUGAGUAAAAAAUACGGUCAAUAUUUCUCUGAAAUUACCAAUCGUACAUCUCAGUACUUGUACAUAAUAAAUCAAUAUCAUUGUUAACCGUAAUAAAAAUAUAAAUAGGUAGAUAGAAUAAUAUAGAAUUUGUACAGCGCUUACAGUAGGACUAGCUAGACUUUACUUAAAAUUAUAAAUUAAAAUUAAGCUGAGGUAUAUAGCUGAGAAUGCACUGUUUCACGAUUAUUAAGUGUAGUUAAUUAUAACAAUGUACCUAUUAAAAUUGGGUUAUGUACUUUUGGAAACGUGGUUGCAACGUAUAUUUGCCAAUAAAUAUUGUAUCCAUGACACACCAAAAAUACGUGACACCAUUAAAUCACAAAUAUGAGAAUCAUGUCACAAUUGCGGUAUUCUUAUCAAUUACGGUUUGUGAAUUUACAUAAUAAAUAAUGCUAAAUGUGUACAUAAUUUUAGAUAGAUAAUGCGCAUAUGACGUAACGUGUACAAACGGUAAGUAAUAUACUUAUGGAAUUAGAUGCAUUGACUGUGACACAAAUGUCUUUGACAAGUGAUACUAAUUUUGUGUGUGUUGAUGUUGACUAAUAAGUAGGCAAAACAUAAUAAUAGGACCCGAGUAGGUGGAGACAGAAUAUCAGUUGCAGGCAAGCAAAUCCUUUGAACGCGCCUUGUGAUCUUGACGAAAGACAGAAAAUAGCAGCCUUGGAAGAUUUGAUUGAUAUAGAGGCUUGGCGUCCUUGAAAACAACUUUUAUUCACUUUGCUUAUUGUACAUUUGCCGCAAAUGACAUUAAUUGCUUGGCCGGACAAAUGGGGAGCGUAGAGGGCUCUCAUUCGGUACUAAAAUAUAAAAUCAGCCUGAGAGUGCCCAUUUGUUCAACUGUUCCUUCUUGACAGGAGCUACGUUUGAAUAAGAAUAUACAUACAUAAACUCACGCCUAUUUCCCACCGGGGUAAGCAGAGACUAUGGAAUUCCAUUUACUUCGAUCCUGACACACUUCUCUUGCUUCCUCCACAUUCAUCAAUCGUUUCAUACAAUCACGCCCGUUGUGAGUCCAAUUUGGUCAGUAUACGUUCUUCUAGGUCUUUCUCUGCCAGCCCUACCAUCAACCUUCGCUUUAUAUACCGCUUUCGUAAUCCUAUUAUCCUUCAUCCAUUCUACGUGUCCAAACCAACUGAACAUCCCCUUCUCAAUCUUAGUCACUAUAUCGUUUUUUAAACCACGUCUCUCUCGUCUUUCUCUUAUUUUUAAAUAAGAAACAGUCUGUAUACGUCGCAUUGUUGGCCAUAGGCCUUAAAGAGGCCACCUCACCACUUGUUCCACUGAUGCUCCGUGUUGCUGUGGGUUGGUAGACAAACAGUGAAUUCAGGAAAGUUAGAACACAAGUGGUAGGAACUGAUUUUCCGAUGUAAAGGAUCAGAUUAUAUCAAUGAUGAAGAUUAUGAAGACGUCAACGCUAAAUCAUUAAAAGCGAUAGUUUUAAAAGGCCUGUGGUAAACAGUAGUGUGAAAAAGGUGCCAAAAUGCAAAUACCUAAGUUUAACUUUUGAUAAAAUCUUGCACUUGUUAUGUAAACAAAAUAUCUAAAACCGAUGUUUUUAGACAAAUUUCUCAAGGAUUUGCUUGCUUGUAAUACAAACCAUCAUAUAAGUAGAUUAUGGAAGUACCCUUUAAUUAAUAAGACAAUGCGAUACAACUGCUCAAUAAAUGCAGUUUUUUUUUAUCAAAACAUUAUCAGAGGUUAUUGGCCCUAAUUGACUUAAAUUGUAUAAAAAUAACAAAGGUAUAAUAAAAUGCAAUUAACAAAAUAAUUAGGUACCUAACACUAAUUGGAAAAUGUAAUAUUAAUGAAUGUAGUUUUAUAUUUUGAUAUGUAUUUAGACUUGUUCAAAAAACAGCAGCAAUAUAUCGUGGGAUUUUAACAUGUUACAUUUUAACUUUCGGCCAUUUUAUUUCAUCUCUCUUUGUCACUCUUAGUCUCCUAGUUACUUAGUGACGCUUUUUCAUUCUAACAAAAAUAAUAUAAUCAAAAGAUAAUAUUAUUAAUAAAAAAACUCUAUAAAAUAAUAUCUAUAUUUUGUGCGUGAUUAGGUAAGUCCCGUAAAUCUUUUAAUAGUUCUAUUAUAGAAGUUAUUCUUACCUAUGCUAUUAGAAAAAUGUAUUUCUAUCAAAGUCCGAUAAUUAUUCGAAGUUUAGAAAAAAAUACUUGUUAUAAAAUGGCAGCAUGUUAUCCUCGUGCGAUAUAUAUCGUAAAGCUUUACGUAGCUUAGAAACUGAUUUCUGAAACAUAUGUCACUUUAAUUCAUUACAAAACAUUAUUUUUAGAAACUGGUUAUUCGAACAUGUUUGUUAAAAAUCAUCAUGGUAGCGAUUUUUAUUUACAAAAUUUAUUUUUCUUUCAUUUUUUCUAUAGCAAAGUGGUUUAAAAUCAAUUUAAUUUUAUAUGUUAGAAUGUUUUGAGAUUAUUUAUUUAUAUCUACUUACUUAGUUUUUAGUGUGUAGAUACUCAUGUUCAAAUAUUUUACGUUAAAUUAUAUUUUAUAUAAUUCUUACAUUAUUUGAGUUCAAAGUUUGCGUGUCCGUUUCAUUAACGUUACCGAUAGGUACUACACAAAAAAAUAAAAUACGCUGCAGUUUAUACAAUUUAUUUUAUUAUCUAAUAGUAUUAUUUAUGAUUUCUUGUGCCAAAAACAUGUAUAAUAAAAUAACUUGAAUAACAGUUACAUAAUACGUAAGUACCUACCCAUUUAAUUUAUAAGUACCGAAUAGAACUCAUUUAUUUCUUAUUGACUUACUUAUCAUGUAUGUGUAUAUUUCCAAAUUUUUCCCUUCAAAAAUACACAAUGCAAACAUACAUACUGCCUACUAGGUACAACUUAUCCGUUUUACAUUUUGUCAUCGAUUGAAAUUCCCGCCAAAUGUUUUUUUUUCGUUUUCUUUUUAAUUCCGGCUAGUUUCAAUUUCGGCCAUUCAUUUUACCCGAUUAAAGAGUUUUUAGAUCAUUGAAAUAUCUAGAAAUGUUGCGGUCCCUAUUUUCUUUUGAGUUUUGAAGCACAUUUGACAACCAUUGUUUUGGUUUUCCAUUUUAUUUAAUCUAGUCGUGUGUAAACUCUUUGAUGUAUACUUGAUUGCUACUGUACUGCCCAGAGGAUCUUAAAUUAUUAGUCUGUAUUGUCAUGAAUUUUUUUCAUAACAAUUAUGGUAAUGCAUAAAAUCUAUACAAAGAAUCUAUGACAAAAUAUGAAUCAAAAAUAAAUAAAAUAUUUUAUUCCUUAUCUGAAACUUUCCAAAAAUUAUUCUAGAUAUAUCGCAGCUUUAAACUCAAAUAUUUUAAGAAUAGAGACAGAUAAUCAUUUUACACAGUCAGUUAUAUUAUAGGCGUCACAAAUAUCAUGAAAUCAUUUUACAACGGGUUAUUUUUGUGUAUUAGUAACUUUUGACACUUUGGUGGACGAGAAGGAAAAAAAUAUAUAUCUGUCAACAAUAAAAAUCUUAAAAUUAUAAGGUCUGUGCCGGUGAUCUUGAACAACUUUGCACGAGAAAACAUUGUGUCAAUGGUUAAGAAAACAUCGUCGACAGCCGAAAUGUUAAUACAAGAUUUUUAAUGUUUCUUGUCCUUGCCCUGUUGAUCCCUAAAAUUAUGAGUUGAUGUUGAUGGUAGAAGAUACCUAAAAUAAAUAUUAUAUUAUAGUAAUCCCCACUAGAAUGUUUUACUUUAUGCAGUGGGAGAAAUCGCUGAGGAUUUUUGUAAUAAUUAAUUCUUUUCACAGCUCAUAAUAUAAAUAAUAUAAUUGACUGUGUACAGUGUUCUACAAUUCCCUGAUAAGUAAGGAGUGAUGUAAUGUAACUGGCACAAUUUUGUACAUUUGUAUGUAAUGUUUGGUGCUACAGUGAUUUCCGUGGUGUACUUCUAUGAAAAUAAAAUAAAUGAAAUGA